CUCAAUCAGAAAUGUUGAUCUAAUCUCUGUUUGCAAAUCUUUUUUUUCUUUCAGAUGGGAGGAGGAACUGGCAAAGCGAACGAAUCUGGAGUCUAUGGUGGAAACCUUGCAAGAGGAGGCUCAAGAGGCUGAAGCUGUCCAGGAAGAGUUAAAUGAAAAGAUUGAGCGGCUGAAAGCAGAGCUUGUUGUCUUUAAGGGUCUGAUGAGUGAUCCCAUGACAGACCUGGACACAAAGAUCCAAGAAAAGGCCAUGAAGGUGGACAUGGACAUCUGCCGUCGAAUCGAUAUUACAGCUAAGCUGUGCGAUGUAGCACAGCAGCGCAACUCUGAAGACGUUUCCAAGAUAUUCCAGGUGGCUUCCAAAAAGAAAGAACGCAAGCUAACAUCGGACGAUGACCUCUCUGAGCAGGAUGGAGACAACAGCAGAUUAUCAGAUGACGAAGUCAGCUGUUCUCUGAACAUCACAGAUGAAAUGAAGCGAAUGUUUAAUCAGCUGCGUGAGACAUUUGAUUUUGAUGAUGACUGUGACAGUUUAACAUGGGAGGAGAAUGAAGACACCCUGCUUCUCUGGGAAGACUUCACAAACUGCAAUCCUUCAAUUGACCUUCAAGGAGAAGAGGAGAAUCUGGGAAACUUGAUCCAUGAAACAGAAUCUUUCUUCAAAACAAGAGACCAAGAAUAUCAGGAAACAAUAGGACAGAUUGAGCUGGAGCUAGCCACAGCCAAGAGUGACAUGAAUCGCCACCUCCACGAAUACAUGGAAAUGUGCAGCAUGAAGAGGGGCCUGGACGUACAGAUGGAAACCUGUCGUAGACUUAUCAAAGGCUCGGCUGACAGAAAUUCUCCAUCUCCCAGCUCUGUAGCCAGCAGUGACUCAGGAAACACAGAUGAGAUUCAAGAUGAGUUUGACAGAGAGGCGGACGUGGAGCCUAUGGUCAGCUGAUACAUAAUCAGAGCAUUCCAGUGAAAGGGAAAAUACAGAAAGGAAAAAAAAAGUGAAAAAAUAGAAUACUGACCGAACAGACUAAUAAGCCCUGGCACAGGGUUCCUGAGGACUCAUUCCGAUACGCAUCCCCACCCCACCUGAGGAUUGGUGCUGUACAUUUCUACUGUUCUACCAAUUACAAAUGCAGAAUUCUGUAAGAAAACAUGGUGUUUUAAUGGUGCCUUUGCCCCAAGCUGAGCCACUUUGAGCUCUAAUAGAAUAUUAAUAGCAGGUGUUUUUUAUAAGAAAAAUAAAAAGGGGGAAAAAAAAAUCUGGCCGCAGCAGAGAAUGGUGCUGCAAAUGUUUUGGGUGUUUCAGUAGGCUUAUGACUUACUGAAGGGCUGCACUGAUUGGCGAAAGGAUCAUGGACCACAACACAAUUGCAGUAUAAUUACCACAGUUGUUUGGCAAAAAAAAAGGGAAAAAAUGUAAACACCUCCAAAUGUAGCUGUUAACCCCAUUUAAAAAUAGCAGUGGGUUAGAGGCAGACUUUAGGCUCAUGCAAUUAUAAGGUAUCUAAAGGAAUCUCUUUAUGCCAUCUGUCUGGGUGGAGGACCUUUGGAAUCUGCACAAGCUUUUUGCCUAGAAUCCCAAGAAGCAGUUCUCAGCUCGGUGGCAAAGUAGAUGGACAAGGUACACUGGGGUGGGAAUAUCACCGUUAAACUACUAUGCAAAAAAAAAAAGCUUGCCUUAUUUAUACGGAAUGUUUGGUCCCU